UAGCGGGAAACUGCUGCCCCGCGGGACGGGAGAGAAGCAAUGAGGAGCCAAUAAUAGAGAACGAGAAAGUCGAAACUUUCAGCCCAGCAAUGUUUCCAAGAUUUCGAAGUUUUUUACUCUAUGGUUUUUCUCUAUCGAUAUUUGGCCUUUUUGUUUAUUUCCAAAAAGAGAUGAAGUUCAGUUUGAAUUCUGUCGCCUCUAAACAACCAGUAGAAAUAAAGCAAAAACAGUUUUUCUGGGCUCCUCGUUCGAAAAAAGCAAUUCACUGUUCUCCAAAUAUAUCUGCAAUCAAUGCUUCACAACCCCUUCCUCAUUCCCACCGUUUAUUCCUAAUGUACAAACACUGCCGCAAUUUUUCAACACUUUUGAAGCCCCAAAAAUGUGACGACGAUAUCUUUUUGGUAUUGGCCAUCAAGUCUCUUCCUAUUAAUAUAGACCGUCGCAUCGCUAUCAGGAAUACAUGGGGAAAGCAGCAAGACUUUCAGAACCGCAAGAUCAAGCUAUUGUUCCUACUCGGUAAAACUGAGGCCAGUUCACCCUCUAAAUCACUCCACCAACUUCUGGCUUAUGAAAGCGCCGAAUUUAAGGACCUAAUCCAGUGGGAUUUUGUGGACAAUUUUUUUAAUCUUACACUUAAGGAGAUACAUUUUCUACAGUGGUUUGCCAAUGAUUGUGCACGUGCUAAAUUUGUGUUGAAGGGAGAUGAUGAUGUCUUUAUCAACACGUACAACAUUGUUGAGUUUCUUGAAGGGUUGAAUCCAGAUGAUGACUUCUUAGUUGGCGAUGUGAUCCGAAAUGCUAUCCCCAUCCGUAACACCCAAGUGAAAUAUUUCAUCCCGCAUUCUAUGUACAGUGGAAUCAAUUACCCUUUAUAUGCUGGUGGUGGGGGCUACCUUAUGUCAAGAAGGACUACUCACCGUCUUCAUACCACCGCUGAAACCACCGACCUCUUUCCAAUAGAUGACGUUUUUGUGGGCAUGUGUCUAGAAAAGAUGAAAGUGACACCACAAUUUCAUGCAGGUUUUAAAACAUUUGGAAUCCAAAGUCCAGUAAAUCCAUUUGACCCAUGCUUGUAUAAAGGCCUUAUGUUGGUGCACAAAUUAAAUCCUACAGAAAUGUGGAUUAUGUGGACUUUGGUGAAAGAUAAGGCGAUGAGGUGUGCACAGUUGAAGAGAACUUUGUGACGCAAGCAAAAAUUGUAUUAUUAUGUGUUGUGAUUUGAUGAGCAUCAGAGACUUGUUUACUCAUCCCAUAAAGUACUGUAUUACAGGUCGGGUAAUUUCAAUUCUGUACAUUAUUGGUUUGUUUGCUCAGUUAGGCCUUUUGAGUUCUCCGUGGUUGAUGCGUCUUUUCUGCAUGAGCACAGCCACUUCUAGAUUGAUGUAAUUCCCACUGAAUACACUUGCCGCAUUGUACCUAUAGAAUAACCUUAUUUUUAAGCCUGGGAUUUUAAUUGUCUUUGAUUUUCAAAAUGGCAUUUAUUUUGAAACUUGUCCCUCCAAACAAGACCGAAAAACAAAA